AUGCUGCCACACCCCAUUCCUGAACGACCUUGGCAGGUCAUAGUCACCGACCUGUUCAAAUGGAACAACACUGACUAUACAGUUGCAGUUGACUAUUAUAGCAGGUACUUUGAGGUAGAGAAAAUCGCAAACCUCACUUCCCCAACUGUCAUCUGGAAGCUGAAGGCCAUGUUUGCAAGAUUUGGAAUACCCCAGUGUGUAGUGAGCGAUAAUGGUCCUUGCUACAGCUCACAGGAUUUCAAGAGCUUUGCACAGGCAUGGGACUUUGAGCAUGUCACGAGCAGCCCCCUGUACCCACAGAGCAACGGGUUGGCUGACAAGACAGUGCAAACAGCCAAAGCCCUCAUGGACAAAGCACACACACAGAGCUACAACCAGAACUCGCUUGUCGCAGCGCAGUCCAUGGCAGGACAGAACUGUGCCAAAAACGACAAAAACAGUAUUAUGACAGAAAUGCCAAAAUGCUACCUGCACUGCCGACAGGGGCCACAGUCCGAGUCCAACAGCCAACUGGAACGUGGAAACCUGCUACAGUUGUCGGACCAGCUGAGACCCAAAGAUCUUACAACAUCAUUACAGAUGGUCAAGCGCUUCGACGCAAUCGACGACACCUUCUACAGACCAACGAACGUGAUGCAGGGGCCAAUCACCAGCAUCUCGGUUUUAUCCGUGGGGUUGCUGUGCCUGCUGCUGUGCACCAGGGGCAGUAGGGUGAGGGCAGCACCCAUCUGUGCCAGCAGACAUGCUGGCUGUCAAGUCUUUUCUCUGCCAGACCUGUUUGAUCGGGCCAUUCAGCACUCGGCCAGGAUGCACAGUAUCUCCAGUGACCUGCACUCUGAAUAUGAGCAGAACUUCCUGCCCAGAAAGAAUCACAUCGGCAACCGCAACUGUCACACCUCCAGCAUCCAAACUCUGAAUGGCAAGGAAACUGCGCAGAAACUUGCUAGAGAGGAGUUGACAGAGGUGAUUGUAAAGUUGCUCGCGGCAUGGUGGACGCCUCUGUGGCACUUCCACCAGAGCAUGACCCACCGUGAUGGAUUUCAAAACUUCAGCUCCAAUAAGGCCCUCGAAAUCACCGACAUGGUACAUGAACUGCGCAAGGGCGUGGAGAAAGUGGCUGAGAGGAUGCAACACCUGGGGAUUAUCAGUAACUCUGUCAAUCGCCUGGAGUCUCCUGAAGCCCCAGUCCCAUCAUCUGAUGCUAGUGACUGGCACCGGAUGAGCGACUUUGACCUCCUCUACUGCUUCCGCCGGGACUCCAACAAGGUGCAAAACUACCUGAAGAUCCUCAAGUGUCGCACGGUUGCAGAGCAUGCAUGCUGA